UGGGGCUUUUAGGACAUCCCAGAACCUGGUAAGAGGGACAGGGAGAGUGGGGCUUGGAAGUUGAUAGCCUCACAUUCAGUGUCCCCCGCACCUCCUUCCCCUUCUGUACCCUCUGGUGGCUCUUGUGGCCUCAGCUGCUCCCAGACCCUGCCUCUCUCGCCCUCCCCCAAGCUGCGGUACUGAGGCCGGGUCGUGGCUUGAGCUGCACCUGUGCCCCGGUAGGGAGUGGGGGUCCCAGGCCCAUGGCGUUUCUCCUCAUUGCUGGCUCCAGCUCAGCCCCUGGCAGGCGCCCCGGCCGUCCCCAGACUCCUGGACCAAGCUCCGCGGAGCUCGGCCUGGCCGCCGCUCCCGGGCUGCCAAGUGGACCGGCCGUUUCGCCGCUUCAAAGGCUGUCUUUGUUUCGCUCCAGCUCAAGCUCAGAGAAACUUAAGCCAACAACCUCAGCCGAGGGGGCGGGGCGGCGUCUGCUGGUUGUUAUUGAGGCUGCUGUUACCAUUAUUGUGGUAAUUGACGCACUGUUCCCAGUCGGUGACUUUUCAUGAAAGGAAGUGUCACUUCCUUCCCAUCACACCCAGGGUGAAUGGGGCGGGCAGCAGAAAGAUGGGGAGGGAGGGAGAGAAGGAAAGGGGUGUGCGCCUCCAGCAGACCCUUAGGCUUGAGAGCUGUGUGGCCGCGUACUAGUCACUGCCCCUCUCUGGGCAACGGGGGUCUGUAAGUCCUGCGCCCAGGAGGCUGAUGUUUCCGGAGCAGCUGCUGGGCAGCGAGGUGCCUUGGGGAGGGAGCAGGACAAGCAGGCCUCCGGUCUUCUCACUGCGCCUGGCUGUGGUUUGUGGGGGAAGCCUCCUUUCUCUUCUCGCUUUCUUCCGCUGAGAACACUGCGCACAUGGAGUCUAGCACGCCCAUCUUGUGGAUGGGAAAGGGAGAUACAGAAGCAGUGACCAACUUGGUAAGAGGUGCAGCCAUGCGGUGCUAGAGCCCCUUGCUCCGUCUGCCCUCUUGGCCCACUCUCAUGUCCUUACAGCUUGAUGUCUGCCAGGGCAGGGGGCCCGCUGACUUCCCCACAUCCACCCACUGCCCCGCCCCAUAGCUACCUUCUGGUCCUAGCUAAGCCCCAUGAGACAUCUUAAGUUUGUCCUCAGUGACUCUCGACCACCGCCCCACUGCCUUCACCUUCCUGCCUUUGCGUACCCCAACUUCACCAGGUUGGCUGGGCCCUGGCCAGAGCUGGCCCCCUACUCCCUUAGGUAACGGAGCAGUUUUUUAAAAGGAAUCUCAGUAGGUAUCAACAGGUCUUUCCUCCUUCCUCAAGAUUAUGGAGAUAACACCCCUUAUUCAAAGAUGAUGGGUCCUCUGGGCCCUCCCCCACCCAGGCCAGGGAAGUUGAUUCACAGGGUGUGGGGGCCGUGCCCCCCCCACACCCCGGCUGCCCAGCGCUCUGACCAGCCCCCUCCCAUCCCUGAGCCUGGAUGCCUUAGCAGGCAACACAGACCUGCUCUUGCUAGCAGAGUGACUGCAGCGAUAUGCUGGGAAACUGCACAUCUCCUUGGGGAAGGGGGAUGAGUUUGCACCCUCUGAGCACAGAUAAGGAACCUGAGGUCUCCCUGCUCCCAUUACAAAGAAAAAAGACUUUAGCUGUCAGGGAUCAGCGUCUCUCAGGAGUCAGACUACCCUGGUUCUGAAUCCCAGCUCUGCCAUGGAUAAGCUGCGUGGCCCCAGGCAAGUCACUGAACCUCUCUGAGCCUCAGGCAUUCUCUCUGUUAUAUCUGGAUGGCUGGGAAGAUUCAACAAAGCAGUGUUGUAUGAGAUGCCCAGCCCACGCCAGCCAGGGCACUGAUUUGAGUCGGUGGAGCAUAUAACUUGAGAACAAGUAGACCUACGGAAGCAUCCUCUACUGGAGGGAGCGACAGAUUAACCUCUUCAGUGCUGGAGUGGUAGGAUCUGGGAGUUGAGCUUGACUCAGACAGGCGCCAUGGAGUUAGAAAGAAAUGAGACUCAUAGCACAGGAAGAGCCUCAGGCAAUCCUCCCGCCCAGCACCCUGCUGCAGCCUCUGUCUGCCUAGUGAGGGACGGGGUCACUAGGAGCCCAGGCUCGUCUUCUGGUGCAGCCACCUAGCCUGCCCUGGCCCUCUUCCCAGCCGUGAAAUGAGGAAAUUGCAGGGGGGCUUGUGGAGUGAACUACCGUUGUCAGGGUUUUUCUAACACCAUUUUCUAGCUGCACAAAACCCAAGGAACAAACUAGGAAUAAACCUCCCCAAGAAAGCACAGGGGCUUUUUAAGAAGGAGCUUCUGAGGACUGCAGAGGGAAACGUGAAUUAUGGAGACACAUGAUCCUGAAAAGAAAGAUGCAGUACUGUAAAGGAAUAGAUUCCAGAUGUGUUACGAGUGAGUAAUGAGACAGUAAUCACCAUCAUCAUCAUUAUUGCUUGCUGGAUGGAGAAAGGUGAAGUCUGGAUGACAUUCUUAUGGAGAGCACUUUUCUUUUUUGCAUUUGAUCCCCCACUUCUGCUACAAAUGAAACAUGCAAGGCAUGGUGCCAGGAGGGCGUCUGCACACAAGGCUGGGAACAGGGCAGCAGUGCGGUGGCUCGUAGCAGCAGCAGCUCUCGGGCAAGUGGGUUUCUCCUGCCUCUGUGGGCUGGGUGGGGCCGGGAGACGGGGCCUCCAGCUCCAUAAGCUUUUUCCCUCCUCCGCAGAGCCAGGAGAGGGCCCACCCCACCGCGCAGGUCCUGCCUGCCUGGCUGCCAGCUCUCUACCUCCCAACGCAGGACCUGUGUGGCCCAACAUCUAUGGCGCAGCUCCUGUCAAAGGGAACAGGAAGCAGUCCGCAGAGGGUGACACCCUAGAUCCACCUGCAUCCCCCAAACCUGUUGGCGAGCAGAACGGGAGCCAGAACCCCAUCCCACUGGAGGACUUCCCCGAGGCAGGCGGGGAGCGGGAGGAGGAGCAGGAGCGGGAGGAGGAGCAGGCCUUCCUGGUCAGCCUCUACAAGUUCAUGAAGGAGCGACACACGCCCAUCGAGAGGGUGCCCCAUCUCGGCUUCAAGCAGAUUAACCUGUGGAAGAUCUACAAGGCAGUGGAGAAGCUGGGGGCCUAUGAGCUGGUGACCGGGCGCCGCCUCUGGAAGAACGUGUACGACGAGCUGGGGGGCAGCCCGGGCAGCACCAGCGCGGCCACGUGCACGCGCCGCCACUACGAGAGGCUGGUCCUGCCAUAUGUGCGGCACCUGAAGGGGGAGGAUGACAAGCCGCUGCCCACCUCCAAGCCCAGGAAACAGUACAAGAUGGCCAAGGAGAACAGGGGGGAUGAUGGGGCCACCGAGCGGCCGAAGAGGGCCAAGGAGGAGCGGCGCAUGGACCAGAUGAUGCCAGGAAAGACCAAAGCAGAUGUUGCUGACCCAGCACCGCUUCUUAGCCAGGAGCCCCCCAGGAACAGUACAGAACAGCAGGGCCCGGCCUCUGGGUCUUCUGUGUCCUUUGUGGGUGCCAGCGGCUGCCCUGAGGCCUACAAGCGGCUCCUAUCCAGCUUCUACUGCAAGGGGACACACGGCAUCAUGUCACCACUGGCCAAAAAGAAGCUCCUGGCCCAGGUGAGCAAGGUGGAGGCCUUGCAGUGCCAGGAGGAGGGCUGUCGCCAUGGGGCAGAGCCCCAGGCGUCCCCAGCUGUUCACCUCCCAGGGAGUCCCCAGAGCCCCAAAGGGCUGACUGAGAAUUCCAGGCACCGGCUGACCUCUCAGGAGGGAUUGCAGUCCCCGGGUGGCAGCCUCAGGGAGGAGGCGCAGGCGGGCCCCUGCCCGGCAGCCCCCAUCUUCACGGGCUGCUUCCACACCCACCCCACCGAGGUGCUGAAGCCUGUCAGCCAGCACCCCAGGGACUUCUUCUCCAGACUUAAAGAUGGGGUGCUACUGGGGCCUCCUGGCAAAGAGGGGCUGUCAGUGAAAGAGCCCCAGCUGGUGUGGGGCGGGGACGCCAACCGUCCUUCUGCAUUCCACAAAGGCGGCUCCAGAAAGGGCGUUCUCUACCCCAAGCCCAAAGCCUGCUGGGUGUCCCCCAUGGCCAAGGUCCCACCCGAGAGCCCCACGCUCCCGCCCACCUUUCCUGGUAGCACAGGCCUGGGCAGCAAGCGCAGCCUGGAGGAAGAGGGUGCUGCCCACAGUGGGAAGAGACUGCGGGCCGUGUCUCCCUUUCUUAAGGAGACAGAUGCCAAGAAAUGUGGGGCCAAACCUGCAGGGUCCGGCCUGGUCUCCUGCCUUCUGAGCCCAGCCCUGGGGCCUGUGCCCCCAGAGGCCUACAGGGGCACCAUGCUGCACUGCCCGCUGAACUUCACUGGCACCCCAGGCCCCUUGAAGGGCCAGGCUGCACUCCCCUUCAGCCCCCUGGUCAUCCCAGCCUUCCCGGCCCACUUCCUGGCCACUGCGGGCCCCUCACCCAUGGCCGCUGGCCUGAUGCACUUCCCGCCCACGUCCUUCGACAAUGCUCUCCGCCACAGACUUUGCCCGGCCUCAUCUGCCUGGCACGCACCACCAGUCACAACCUAUGCAGCGCCCCACUUCUUCCACCUCAACACGAAGCUGUAGGCCAGCCCAUGGUGUUGCGUACACUGUGGAGUCGACCAGGGCCGACAGCGGGCAGGUGCUGCUGCUAGGGGGCUCUGGACUAGUGCCUGUUACCCAGGACACCCAGGCCAUGCCCCUGGCUGGGCAGCCUGGCACAAGUGAAGGAGGAGGUGGUGGGAAAACGGUGUAUCUCUCAAAGCAGCAGGCUGAGCCCAGAGCAGAGGGCCCAGUUGUUACAGGGCCCUGGGAGAGGGUGGGCAGCUCCCGCUGCCCCAGAGCAGCGCUCAGAGCACCCAGGUUGCCCACAGAAAAUCCAAUAAAAAGAAACGAAUGGGAAUCCA